AAAAAAAAAAAAAAAAUCCCCCGUUUUACAGCCAUGGCUACGGUAAUUGCUUGGAUAGGCCUCAAAAAGCGCCUCGAGAAGUACCUUAUCAAACGCAAACGUAGCUCCCUUGAGUAUGUGGUCUUGGCCACAUUGGGCUUUGUAGUCGCAGCCACACUUAAGUAUCCCGAUAGAGCAUUUCUAACCACACAACGACCAGACCUCAAAGCUUCUAAGAAAGCUGUGCGCGGCUAUCCGUUAAUCGGUAACCUCCCUACUGUCAUCAACCAACGCCAUGAUCACCUGUCGUACGCCUACAAUUAUACUGCUAAGCACGGCGAUGUCAUCGCUAUUACGCUACCGUUCUUUGGUCAAAUUAUCAUUAUCAACCGGCCAGAACUUAUGGAACAUAUCCUCAAAACUAACUUUGAUAACUAUGUCAAAGGUAACAUCUUCCGGUGGCUUCUGUCCGAUGUCCUCGGUAACGGCAUCUUUGUCACUGAUGGGGAUGAAUGGAGGCUUCAUAGGAAGACAGCUUCCAACAUUUUUACGACAAAACUUUACCGAAGUCUAGUUGAGGGUGCCUUUAGAACCAGCGCCCAUGAUCUCUGUCAGGUUAUUGAAACCCAAUGCUGCCUCUCCAGUGAAGCCAGCGAAUCACCAAAAGAAGUCAUUCCCAUCGACCUUCAGGCCAAUUUCUUUAAAUUGACUUUGGAUGCGUUUGCGAAAUUGACCUUUGGUAUCGACUUCAAAUCACUGACAUCUUCAGGCCCCAACGAGUUUGCAGAGGCAUUUGACUACUUAACGGCUGCAGCAGAUGCCAGGCUAGCUAAUCCACUCUGGUUCAUAACUGAGAAAUUCCCUGGAAACCGGAGGCGACAUCAGGGCGCAAUCGCUACAUUGGAUAAGUAUGCUUUCCUUGCCAUUUCAAGCCGACACUCUGAGACACCUGAACAGAAAUCGAGUCGACCACAAGAUCUUUUGGAUUAUUUUAUUAAUCAUAAAAGGGAUGACGGUACAACACUUACAGACCGAGACCUACGUGAUGUAUUUGUGAACUUUAUGGUGGCCGGUCGUGAUACCACAGCAGUGGCUCUGACUUGGCAAUUCUACAGCUUGAUGGCGAACCCGCGGAUCAUGAAGAAUAUUGUUCAAGAGAUUGACACAGUCCUCAAGGGCUCAGAGGAUGCAAUCAAGUAUGAGGUUCUCAUGAACGAGAUGCCGUAUACCAAAGCCGUUUUUCACGAAACUCUUCGUCUCCACCCUCCUGUCCCCAAAAACUUCAAACAGGCUGUUGCAGACGAUGUCCUUCCCGAUGGCACGCGCGUCAAAAAAGGAGAUUUGAUUGGUUAUUCCAACUGGUGCUUGGGUCGCAAUAAGUCAGUUUGGGGUGUGGAUGCGGGCCUUUUUGUGCCGGAACGAUGGCUUGUGCCUGAUGAACAGGGUGGAUCUCCAUUCGGCAAGUUCAAACCCGAGAAUCCGUAUAAAUUCAUUACAUUCAAUGCCGGUCCUCGUCUGUGCCUUGGACAAACGUUUGCUAUUCUCGAAGCCAUGGCGACUACAUGCAUCUUGCUGCAGAGGUUCCAUUUCCAGCUAGUCCCUAACCAUCCUACACCCCAAGUCAAAGGAUCCGUUACAUUGCCCAUGAAAGACCCUUUAAUGACGAUUGUGACUAAAAGACAAAAUAUAGUCUUGUAG